AUGACUAGUAUACUUAAUGAUAUGAGACCGAUUGUUUCUCGUAUACCCGAGUUUGAAAAAUUGCUUGGUCAAUAUGGUAAUGAUAUAAAUGCAAUAAAUGGAACUAUUGGAAAAAUGAAUGAAGAAAUUGAAAAAAGUUAUAAGACUAUGAAUGCACGUGAUCGUAUGUAUAAUGCUGGUUUGAAUGCUCUUUCUAAUGCUAUUUAUGUUUCUAAAAAUGAGCAACGUAUUAUGCAAACUCUUAUUAAUGGUAUUAUUGCUGGUAUAAAUGAAAUGAGAGUUAAACAACCUGAUUUGUAUAAUGCGGAGCUUAAAAAUAUUAAUAAUUUUUUGGAUAGGCUUAAUCUGCGUAUUGAUCAAAGUAAUGAGCGUAUUAAAGUAUUAGAAGAUGAAAAUAAAACAUAUGCUAGUGAUUUUGAUUAUUUGGAGAAGAACUUUCCUCAGAUAGAUAGAAAAAUGAGUCAAGAAGUUUAUAAGCAAGAAAGUGAUCAAGUCACAUUUAAUAAAUGGAAACUUAUUAGUGAAAUAACGAAGUUGAUGGGUAAUCGUUUUUAUAUUAAUGAAAAUCAAGUUGCUCAAUAUAUUAGAAGUAUAUCUGAUCCUGCUAUGCGAGCUGGGGCUAAACGACGUUUUGAUGCUAAGUUUGGAGCUAUUGCUAGUAAUAUUAGAAAAUAUAAUGAAGGAAGGAUGCGAGAUAUGUCCCCUGUUAUAAAUUUAAUUGCUGAUAUCCAAGAAGAAGUUGGUAGAGGUAAUGAAUUAGCUAAUGCCGCUUUUAAUGUUUUAGGUGGUAUAAAUCCUAGUAGAGGUAAUGGAGGAAGUGGAACUGCUUCUAUAUUGGUUCCUGUUGCUACUCGUGUACGUGAUGUUAAACUUGAACGACCUUCAUUUGUAAAUGAUCCCACUAUAAUGAAAAGAUUGAGUAAAUUAUAUGAAGAAUUUCCAAGAGUUGUUAAACAAUUUGCUAGAAAUCGACCUCUUGAAUAUGGUCCUAAUCGUCAUUUCUUUGAACAAUUACAAAAAAGAGUUGAUGUUGCAAAGAGUAUAUUUGUUGAUAAUGAUUAUAAAAUUCCCAUUAACAGUGUUAGUGUAGGUAAUUUUGUUGAUAGUUUUACUGAUCUCAUGAAUAAAAUGAAUAAUAAUACUUUUAACUUAACUGAUUUAUUGCAAUCAUCUAAUAUUCUUGAUAAGGAUAUAGAUAAAAUGAACGUUGAAUAUCAAAGAAAUUAUGAUGUAGAUCAACAGCUGAUUUAUAAUAAGGCUAUUCAACUUAAUGAAACUACUCCCGAACGUUUUGAUAAUGCUCUUCGAAAUGCUGUUACUAGGAGAUACAUUGAUGAAUAUUAUACAACCGAUAAUCGUUUAUUGAAUAAUAAUCAAAUGCAGAGUAUAGUCGCUAAUGUUGUUGGUGGUGAUGUUGAAACUGUUGAAAAUAAAUCAAGAAAUAUUAAUAAAGGAAAUAAAAAAUAUGAUGUUAAGUUUAUGCGUGUUGAUGUUGAUAAAUCUCUUUUGAAGGGUAAUAUUGUAGAAGAAUUGAAACCUGGUAAGUAUAAUGUUAAGCUUGGAAAGAAAGUUCCUGUAGAACCUUAUGAUUUUACUGAUGCUCAAUUAACUGCUUUAGUUCAAGAACAGAUUGCAAAUGAACGUCUUGAAGAAGAUCGUCGUAAGCUACUUGAAUAUACUGAUACUCGUUCUGUUAGUCGUAAGACUGUAGAUGGUAGUCCUUAUGAUCCUUCUCAGAGUAGUUCUAUGAAA